GACAAUUAUAAUGUACUUUAUCAAAAUAGAGUUGUGGAGUUACAGACCUUCUCUAAUAGUAACAGGUAAAUAGGAGCAUGGGUUAAAGCGUGGGCGCGCUCACGUAGACCGUCGUGAGCGCGCCUCGAUCACCACUGUACCUCUGAUUUGUGCUGGAUUCAAGUGUGUUGGAUAAACCGCAGUUAUGAUUUGGAGCAGAUAAACUCCUCAUGUAACAAUAAAUGCAAAAACAAAAAGAGGUUCCUCUGUAACCUCGGACUUUAUAUGUUAAACACAUAUUAUUCGAUUGACGUGUUUAAAAUGUUGAAUUAACGAAAUCACACAUCCAAACUCCAGGAAGAUGUAAUCGGCGUGGUAACGGGACAUAUGACAAUUUGGCUUUUUUUUUUAAUUGUGUAAAUUAUUUUGUGAAGCCAGAGUGUAGUGGAUCGGAACAUGUGAAUGUCUUUCUGAAAAAACAGAGCCAGUGUAAAAGUUGAGCUCGAGUUCAGCUGGAGGGUGAAGGUUGAGGUGACCGCUGUGCUGCGUGGAUUCCUACGACACGUGAACGCAGCAGCGGGCAGGGCCGAGCAGCCUCUAGUCCUCCUCUGUCUGUAUCGAUGAAGUUGUUUCAAAGAUGGCGGAUUUCCUGCCGUCCCGCUCCCUGUUAUCUGUAUGUUUCCCCAACUGUCUCCUCACGAGCAGCGAGGCAGAGCAGCUGCGGAAGUCCAAGGAGAUAGAUAAGUGUAUCCAUCGAGAUAAGACCUAUGUGAAGCGGCUGGUGAAGAUCCUGUUACUUGGAGCGGGCGAGAGCGGCAAGUCCACUUUCCUCAAGCAGAUGCGCAUUAUCCAUGGGAAGGACUUCGAUCAAAAGGCCAAGGAGGAGUUCCGAGCCACGAUUUAUAGUAACGUUAUUAAAGGUAUCCGAGUGUUGGUGGAUGCUAGAGAGAAGCUACACAUCCCAUGGGGCAACCCGUCUAACCGGAGGCACGGAGACAACAUGAUGGCGUUUGACACCCGGUCAGCGAUGGCUCACGGUCACGGCAUGGUGGAGCCCAAAAUUUUUCAGCACUACUUGCCAUCCAUAUUUGCCCUGUGGGCUGACAAGGGCAUCCAGAAUGCCUACGACCGCCGCAGGGAGUUCCAGCUGGGGGAGUCCGUCAAGUAUUUCCUGGACAAUUUGGAAAAGCUCGCGCAGUCGGACUACCUCCCCAACCAGCAGGACAUCCUCCUGGCCAGAAAACCCACUAAGGGCAUCCACGAGUACGACUUUGAGAUCAAGAACGUGCCCUUCAAGAUGGUGGACGUAGGUGGUCAACGCUCUGAAAGGCGGCGCUGGUUUGAAUGCUUCGACUCGGUCACUUCCAUCCUCUUUCUUGUCUCCUCCUCAGAAUAUGAUCAGGUGCUGAUGGAAGACCGACAAACCAACCGGCUGAGCGAGUCCCUCAACAUUUUUGAGACCAUCGUCAACAACCGAGUUUUCAGCAACGUCUCCAUCAUUCUGUUCCUGAACAAGACAGACCUGCUGGAGGAGAAGGUGAAGCAGGUGUCCAUCAAAGACUACUUCCCUGAGUUCUCGGGUGACCCCACAAGCCUGGCAGACGUCCAGCGCUUCCUGGUGGAAUGCUUUCGCAAAAAACGCCGCGAGCAGCAGCAGAAGCCGCUCUACCACCACUUCACCACGGCCAUCAACACUGAGAAUAUCCGUCUGGUGUUCCGUGACGUCAAGGACACCAUCCUUCACGAUAACCUCAAGCAGCUAAUGCUGCAGUGAAGGGACUGACCAGGAGGAGGGAGGGAGGGGUGAAGGCAAAUGAAAAGUGGAUGUCAAGGUGCCUUUUUCCUUACCCGCCCCCCACCGCCGGCCUGUUAACGGACCAGGCAGUGUCACUUUUGAACUUUGACUGUGUAUUAAAGCCACCACUACUACCGCCAUUCCCCCCAUCCACCCCCCCACGCUUGCUCUCUGCCUUACUGAGCUUGUUCACUGUGACUUAUAACGGCUGCUUUUGACUCAGAGCUCCGAUCACCCUCUGACCCUUAAAACCACUGUAAAUGACCUCUGCCCCCUGGUUCCACACUCUACAGUGGACCUUGCCGACCUUCUAUGGUAUAUCCUCCCUGUAUGUUUUGCUCUGAUUCACAUCCUUACACUGUCCCUUUAAUUCCAUGCUGCUCUGACCACUGUUGAUGGGGAUUGGGAGGGGCUUGUUUGAAACUGGCGUCGCUGAGUAGCGGUUAAAGCCACCUGCAGGCGCCGGCGAUGUCAGCAGCUCUGUUGCCAGAUGUCGCCUUCCUUUUGCAGAACAGACCUUUUGUUUUUUUUGUUGGGUUUACAUCUGCUUUCCGCCGGAGCUUAAUCAUGACAUCACCAGGCUGGGGUGGGGUUUUCUUCUGAGAGCAGUGAAACAGGAAAGAACAGAACACACACGCACACACGCACACACACACACACACACACACACACACACACACACACACACACACACACAGAUAGGAAGUCCACUAGUUUUCUAAUCAUUUAGUUUCUUUUUCUAGUCUAUGAAUAUACUGUAUGUACCUAUGCAUUUUCCUUUAACUUAUAUUUUAUGAGGGUUUACACAUGUGGAUGGGUGACUGCUGAUGGACUCUGUUACCAUUAGUUUUGGGGAUGAGAGAGCACAAACAAACACAAUAAACCACCGUGCCAUCAGGCUAGAUAGUGCAGGGUUCAUCAUGACGCAUCAUAUUUAAGUUAUUCUCAGGGCACAUCGUAAACCACUUCUCUGUGAUUUGAAGCCAGAGCCCUGCCUAUGCCCCUCCACAAGUCAAUUAUUACAGGGUCUUUUCACUGUGUGUCAGCAGAAAAGACUGGUCUGAAAAACUGUGGCCAUUUUCAACCUGGAACCCAUUUUACCAUCAGGCUCUGGACUAUAAGAAGCUGGUGACCCACUUUCCUUCCUGGUAUUAACUUGUGAUCUGUACGUGGCCGACCACAGAUGUUUACAUUUACAUCUGACAUGAAGUCAUGUUGUUACCCACAUUCCUUUGAUUUCUCUUUGAUAAGAAAUCAGAGUUUUCAACCAAGAUGUCAACAUUUUAUGGUUUCAAAUGUGGGGACUUGUGUGUCUUAAUCUAAUUUAGUGAACUGAAUAUUCUUUGUAUGAAGAAAACAAGACAUGAGAUGACAUCAGCUUUCAUGAAUCGAUAACGAUGUUAAUCAUUAUUUUCCAGUGGCUAAUUAAAGCCUCACCCAGCAUAACCUGGGUAGACUAGCAGCAUUAAUAAAUCUAUUCAUCAUACACAUAACAUAAACAGGUCUCAUGCUAAUACCAAGAAUACACUGCGUCUGUUGUGCUUUCAUUGGAAAAUCCUUUUUUUCCUUUUUGGGGCAAACAAUGCACAAGUUUAAGCCUGAAAUGACAUCAGUCAUAAUGUAGUUUAAAUGUUGGUGCUGUUGAGAUGCUUUGGCCAUUUAGUUAAUGGCUGGUGAUGGAGGAGGUGAUUAAGGUUGAAAAUGGCCAUAUUUAUUCUCUAGCCCUGUGGAAUCUCACAUCCAAGCCUGCAUGUCUUAUCUUUCCAUUUGAUCUUACCACCUUAGGUGUAUAAUUCAAGGAGUGAGGAGGUGGCUCAACCUCUGGUUUGCUGUCUGAGAAGGUACCUGUUGAUCCUGUCCGUCUUUGCCCUCCACACACCCUGACCUAAAAAGCAAAGGGAUAAGACCAGCCUGUAUGUUCCUGGACGCUUUCACUGCAGUAUACAGGUUAUGUGUAGUUCACAUUGUCCUCUUAGCUAAUUUUCUAAUGUCUAAUUCGCUGUAAUGAAUCUCACACCAACCUCACUCUCAUCUUGAAGAGUUGAUGUAACGCCUCCACAUAGAUGUCUAAGUACGAGUGGGGUUCUUUUGGAUGGUGUUAAUUUAAAACUAAAACAGACAUCUGGUGGCUCGUGUUGAUGCCCCAUUAAUCUGCCUCCUCCAGUUGUGUCCAGAGCAUGAACACCUCCAGGUAGCUGGUUCCACUGGUUCAUGCUAACACUUCAGCAGAUGUUAAUGGGUGCUAAUAAGGUAAUACCACAAGCCCCUAAUGUCAUGAAGAUGGCCUGUGGUUGAGCUGUUGUGUCUCCCCCAUCAACAGAAAUGCUCAUAUUGUUUAAGCUCACAGUCUAGUGUCUGUGUGGGAACACAGACGUUCCAAUAUAAACCAGCCCAGCUACGUCGCAAUUUUUGAACUCUUUCUAGUUGUAGUUGGAAAUGGCAGCUAAUCACUGAAAAGACUGAAUGAUGCCCUGUUUCUCCUGUAACAUGCCCCUGUGAUCCCACAGACACGGACACUCCCGCCUCCUCUGACAGGUGGUUACACAUGAUGUCUUACCCCGUGUCUACACUGGAUGUGUCUCGGCCCCCUUUAGUCUUCUGUCUCAGUUUGAUUUUGCACAGGGUCGUAACAGCUCGAGUUUGACUCGUUUAACUUGUGGAACAUAGUGAGCCUUUAAGAGGACGUGAGGCAAAGCCAGUUUGUUGAGCUGCACCAACACGACUAAAGGUUUUAUUCGUGUCUUUUUAGAGGCUGAGUAAUAACCCAACUACUGUCAAUUACAUGCCCUUGAUGGUUUUUUUAAAUUCCAACCCUAAUCAAGAGUUUAACUCUGAUAUACAAGUUUAACAUGACCAUCAGAGAGUGUACAUAAUGCUUGGCUCUGUAAUUAAGUUACUGUAACUCAAGGAAAGUGGAUUUAGUCUUUUAAAGACCCAAGCAACCAGUGUAGCUGCACAUUUUACCUUUUGUUUUUUUAAUUCACUUUACAUAUUGUUAUCCAGAGAUCCACUGUCGUUAACCCAUGUCUGAGCAUGUAUCAGCCAAACAGUAAUGCAGACAUCAUGGUCACUGUGAUGUACUAACAUGAAGCCAAAAUCUCUCGGAUAUAGUUGCUACAAUUUUGAGCUGGUGAUGUCAUGCGGAGUCUAUGCAGUAGUAGCGACUGCAGAGUGGGGCCACGUCAUCGAGGUCUCACCCAUACAUUUGCCCGACCAAUCACAAGUCAGUCAUGACGUCUCAUUUGGUUUUUAUUCCUCUGCGCCUGGAACAGGCAGUGGGAGCGUCAUGUUUUUUAGGUUGUACAUCUGUCAAGAAAGCCUUGUUUUCAAAUUUGCUAACCUGGACUCAAGGAUGACAUGAUUAGAUUGUGGUGGUCAAAGGUCACAGUGACAUUUAAACGAUUCUGGGGGGAAAAAUGGUGUAGAUGGAAACUGCAAUGGGUGGUGGAGGCAUACAACCACAGUGCGGUAUUUCUAGUUUUUAUAGCAUCAAAUAAUAAAUUAAAACCAAACUUCUCAGUAACACGAAUCAACAGUAUGAUAAGAACUACCUAAAAUAACAGACACAUCUUUUAUUGUGCAUGUGCUUUGACUUAGUUUGAUCCACGUCCUAUACUGCAGCCAGCCACUAGGGGGAUGUUCCAGAUAUUUGUGCUGCUCUUAAGGUAGCUGUCAUGUCUUCCAUCAAUAGUCAUUGGAAUACACAGUUGAAAUGUGUUUUGGGAUUUUGAUACUGUGUCAAAAUGAAUGGAAGCCAAUAGGAAUUGUAGUCUGAUUUGUAAUUUAGUCUCAGACUACGAAUGGCAUCAACAGGCAUCAAGGAGCAUGUGUCAAUCUACAAAAUCUAACAUCAGCAGUUGCUGCUUCAGCAGCUCACGUCACAGAUGAUUAGUCUUCUCUUCUCUGGGUCCCACAC